AUGCUACAUAAACUAUAUACAAAAGUUCUAAACAAAAAAAUAUGUGAUUAUAAAAUAAUAUCAAAGAGAUGUUCUGCACUGUUUAUUAAUGGUCCGAAGGCAACUGAUAGUUUUGUUUAUAUUACACCUUACAUAGAUUACAAUGAGCGUAUGAAAGAAAAAGAUUUAGUCAAAGCUGAAAUAGAGAAACGUAAAAUACAAUUUGAUUUAUUGAAACUUGAGAAUCUGUGGUCUGUGUAUGAAGAGUUGAAAACAAGAAAAUUGGAGUAUGAUAGCAGAAAGCAAGAUGUAUCUAAAGAAUUGGAACAAUUUCUGAAGAGUAAACAGGAGGGUGACAAUGUUGAGAAAUUAAAAAUACAAGUGCAUUUGUUAAAGGAAAAUAUAAGAAAAUUGAAAGAACCUCUAUGGUCGGCAGAGGAGGCAGCUAUAACAGAAGCAUUAAAACUGCCUAAUAAACUACACAAUUUGACACCUGAUGUAGAUAAAAUCAUAUAUGAACAUGGUUCAAAACCUAACAACGACAAAGAUCAUCUUAAAAUUGGUAAAGAUAAAAAUUUAUUACAUUUUACAAAAAAUGAGAACUAUUAUCUUAAAGGUGAUGCAGCUUUAUUUGAAUUGGGAGCUAAAUUUUACUUUAGUAAAAUUUUAAAAGAAAACAAUUACACCCAGUUCUCUAAUCCAGACUUUUCUAAAAGUUUAAUAAUAGAAGGCUGCGGAGAAGAUCAUACAAAUUCUGAUUCUACUUUCAUAUUACACCACAAUGAGGACAAUAAAGUCAAUAUUGAUAGCCGAUUGCACUUGACGGGAGGUGGUUCACUAUAUUCCUUCUUUGCGUACCAUGCAAAAAAUGUCUUGUAUGCUAAAGUGUUACCAUUAACAUAUUUCAGCAUGGGUCGACAGUAUAAACCAUCACCUACGGAGGAGGACAACUUACAUCAUGUAAGCCAAAGUUCUGUUGUUCAAAUAUUCAAUGCUACAAGAAAUGCAACAGAACUUGAUGGAAUGCUAAAUAAUAUUAUUGAUUUAAUAAAAAAUAUAUAUAAUCCACUUGGCUACCACUACAGACUAAAUUAUGUUGCUGCAAAUAAAUUGAAUGCAUGGGAAUCAUUGAGAUUAUUAAUAGAAAUGUAUUCCAGUUCUCAGAAAAGUUAUAUGGAAGUCGGAAAUAUUUCUCUAAGUGGAGAUUUUAUAAGCAAGAGACUUAUGUUCACAUAUACUGAAGAAAAACAAAGUAAGUUCCCCCAUAUCUUAUCUGGUACAAUAUUAAAUGUACCAAAACUCUUAGCUUGCGCUUUGGAGCAAGAUGGUGAAUUCAUUCUACCCAAACAGUUUGCUAUUGAAAAUUAAUGUAUCAUUAGUACAGUGGAAUAUUUCUCUUAAAUAAAACCUCUUUGUUAAUUAUAAAUGUUUAUUCAUUUAAUG